UGUGGUGUUGGUUUCCUCCCGUCACUGCUGCUUUCUGCUUAGCGACGUCGGCCGAUCCUAGCUUACCGUGUCUACGUGCCAAAUGAUGCUCACGGGGGGGUAUUAACUCAACACCACCCGUAAUGUUGCGCUGGUUGUCGGUGCGCGCCUUGUAGGUCGUUGUUUGGUUGGAGAAAGUGGGUCCAGGAAGCUUUGAGGCAAAAAAAGAGAACCAAGAGCAGAGCAGUCAGGAGGCCACGGUCCCCCCUCUCGCUAACACACACACACGCACACAUCACCACGGCCUUGAUGGUGAUGUAUGCAAGGAAACCAGCAAGAGUCAGUGAUGGGUGCACCGACAGAAGGGAUUCACAAUCCUAUCAGACCCAUAAAUCUCAGCCAAAGAGCCAGUCCAGCAGCCUUCACCGUUACGACAAGGUGCGGGAUGGCUCAUCAGAAUCCACGCCCCCUUAUAAGAUGCUGCGGCGCUCGGAUGAAAGUCCUGUCAACAAACAUGUUGACAGCACAGGACACGGCAAGGCAAAGAUCUCUCACACCGUUCGGGCGAAAAAUGGGACCAGCGACUCUCCUCAUGAGAACUCUCAAAACAGCAGCUCCCACCAUGGUGCCGACUCGCAUUCAGCUCAGAGCCGGCCUGCAGAACGAGACCCAGCAGAUGACUGGACAGAACACAUCAGCUCUUCUGGGAAGAAGUACUACUACAACUGUAGAACUGAGGUCUCCCAGUGGGAGAAGCCCAAGGACCUGUUGGAGAGAGAGCAACGACAGAGGGACUCAGUCAAGUUGGCGGCGAACAGUUUCCCCCGAGACAUGGACUACAGACAAGAGGCCUUACAGGACAAAGCUACGAAGAACACUUCAGGGGACCAAUCCAGUGUGUCCAACUCCGGCCAUGUGUGCUCUUCCUCUCAGAGCCUAAACUCAACUUCCGCCCCGACUACCAUGUCCUCAUCCUCCUCCUCUUCCUCCUCCGCGGGCCAGUUAACUCAGAGUGUCCAGUCCCAGUCUCCGGCACUGCUUCAGGACCCAGCCCUCCUGCGGCAGCUCCUGCCUGCACUUCAAGCUACUCUGCAGAUGAACAAUGGAGGGAUGGACAUGGCCAAGCUCAACGAGGUCUUGGCAGCCGCUGUCACCCAAGCUUCCUUGCGGUCUGUGCUUCAUAAGCUCCUCACUGCUGGACCCGCUUUCAACAUCACUGCUCUGCUCUCAGCUGCUCAGCACGCCAACCAAGCCCAGCACUCCAGCCAGUCGCCUGCAUCUCUGACAUCAGACACAUCGUCACCUCGACCUUACGUUUCACCACGGAAUGGCACACAGCAGGGCAACCAGAAAACCCCCAGCAGCGUCGCAUCUUCACAGACUAGGGGUGGUACAUCUUCAGCUAAGCAGGGCCCGACCCCCCUGGCUCAGACCUCUGAGAAGCGCCCAGAGGACCCCAGGACUCUCCAACAAAGAAGCCAGGAAAUUCUCUCAAUGGGAUCAAACACAGCUGGCGCUGCGUUGUCCCACGCCGCUUCCAGCAGCACCGGCCAAAGUCAGUCUGACGCCCCCAGCUCCUUCACCCCCUCCCUGGCAGCUCACUUUGAUGAGAAUCUCAUUAAACAUAUCCAAGGUUGGCCUUCAGAGAACACUGAGAAACAGGCGGCCCGGCUGCGUGAGGACAUCCACAACAUGGGCAGCCUGUACAUGUCGGAGCUGUGCACGGAGAUGAAAAACCUUCGCUCCCUGGUCAGAGUCAGUGAAAUUCAGGCCACGUUGAGGGAACAGAGAAUCCUGUUUCUGAGGCAGCAGAGCAAAGAGCUGGACAAGCUGAAGAACCAGAACUCUUACAUGGUUUGAGCAGGACACACUGGGACGAGAUGGCUCGCAAUGUCUGCCAACAGCCAACCAGACGUGGACAGCUGCUCCUGCCUGCCUGCUUAUCCCCCCUCCCCCUCCUUCCACAAGAGCAACUGAGAGGCUGUUAGACGGCAGCAGCUUUUCCAAGGGUGAGAUCCAUCAUCCUGAACACGUCUGCCAUGUUUGUUUGUUUUUUUUUUGUUUUGUUUUGUUUUCUCCAACCUCCACUGCGAGUCAUUGAAACGGUGACGGCUCGCCAAGCUGGACACAAGAGGACCUCAGGCUCUUUUCAAACAGCACCUUCUCGGAUUGUGUGUAUUGUACUGAGUUUGUUUUCAGGUGUGUUUUAGAUGUUGUGGUCAGAAAAAGAUUAGUUCAUUAUCUUAAAAAAAAAUAAAAUAAAAAAAAAGACUGUCGGAACAUUAUUGAUGAUUGGUCGGUGGAUCUUGUCAGUAAAGUCCACCUUCCAACACGUGGACUUGACGAAUCAGACAUUUCAUGUAUGAUCUAGUGAUGUUACACAUUUUCAUGCACUAGAAUGAGCACCAUUCCGGUUCUUCUUGCUCCAGUAAUAAUGCUUGCGGAAAACACAGUAAGUAAGUUGUUUCCUGAAAUCCUGACGUUCGAAAGCCAUUUUAGGAGAUAAAAAAACAAAAAAAAACGCCCCCAUUAUUGGACCUAGGUCAGCUGCUAGUACGUACGAGGUCGUAUUCAUGUGAUCUCUUGAUCAGUUCUGCUUUAUAGUUGCCUUUUUUUUUUUUUGUCAAAUUUUUGCAUUUCCUCCCAAAUCCAAAUUGAGGGGAAACGGUUUCAUUCCUUUUGUGCGGUGAUUGUGUAAAAUAGCAUAGCAGGUGACUGAACUGACAGUCAUGUAAAUUAUUGUGCUUGUAGUCAUAAGGCAAAACUUAGUUGGAAGUAAGUAUUUUUUUUUUUUUUUUUAAAUCUUUUAAAAUAAAA